AUGCCACGAUUACCAAGAUGGGUUAAAGGAAGAGUUGCAUUGAUAGGUGAUGCUGCACAUUCCAUGUUACCAUUUUUGGCACAAGGCGCAGCCCAAGGUAUUGAAGAUGGUGCUACUUUGGUCAAUGAAUUGGAAAAAAUCAGUAAAGUUGAAGAAAUCGACCAAGCAUUAGUGAGAUAUGAAAAGAGAAGAAUGCGUCGUGUUCAUACGAUCCAAGCUGGUGCUAGGAGUAUAGGAGAAACUUGGCAUCUACCAGAUGGAGAUGAUCAAGUAGAGAGAGAUAUUAAAAUGAAAGCUAAAGAAGACCAUAAUCCAAACAAAUGGUCAGAUAACGAGUUCCAACAUUGGUUAUUUGGUUGGAAUGCAUUCACAGAUUGA